GUCGGCACUCAGCAUCAUCAUGUGCUGAUGCUCGACGAGGGAGCUGUUGGUAAUCUGGUGAGCUGGGUGAGAACCCUUGUCACCACUCAAUCAAUUUGACCGCCCGCCAAAUCACCGACAAACACGCAGGCGACAGCAGAUUUCCUGCUUGUCUUACUUUUACGCUCUCCCUUCACGUUUGUCGCGUCUCCACCGACAAUUGGCGCCCGGAGCUAUCUAUGCAAUAAUCCCACGAACUCUAGUGUCGUCGUUGUCGACAUUCGCUUCCGCAAUGCCGGUACCCAAGACCGUUGUGAUUGUGGGCGGCUCCCUCGCGGGCCUGCUGCACGGGCUCUACCUCAAGCGGCACGGCAGCCAUGUCGUCAUCCUCGAGCAGGACCCGGGCGCCGUGCGCAGCAGCCACAAUGCCGGCAUCGCAUUCGGCCCGGCCGUCGAGGAGAUCCUGCGCAAGUACGACGCGACGGGCGUGCAGAGCUGCACGCCCUCGGUGGCCACGCGCUUCGCCCUGCGCAAGCGCCAGCACUUCAAGGAGCUCAGCAUCAUCCGCAACCUCACCAGCUGGGGCCUGCUGUACCGCCUCCUGCGCGCCAACUUCGACGGCCUGGCGUCGGACGCGGUGCCCGACCCUCCCCCGGCCAGGGAGGGCGACGGCAGGGCCGAGUACCGCGCCGGCCAGCGCGUGACGAAGUUGCAGCGGCAUGAAAACGGCGCCGCCGUCACGGUGGGCUUCGUCGGGCAGGACGGGGUCGAGGGCUCGCUCACGGCCGACCUGGUCAUCGGCGCCGACGGACAGCACUCGACGGUGCGCAGCCUGGUGCAGGCGCGCGCGGUCAAGGAAUACUCGGGCUACGUCGCGUGGCGCGGGACGGUCGCCGAACGCGACCUGCCGCCCGACGUGGCCGAGUACUUUGCCAGCCGCACCUGCAUCAACCUGCUCAAGGGCACCUACAUCGUCAGCUACGCCGUCCCGCCCGACACGGGCACCUUCGCCCCGGGAAGCCGGCUGAUCAACUGGGUGUGGUACUACAACCUCCCCUUGGGAUCCCCCGCCCUCACCGAAGUCCUGACCGACUCGGCGGGCAAGACGCACGGGAAUACCGUCCCGUCGGGCCUCGCGCGCCCAGAGAUCUUCCGGAAACACCUGGCCACCACGCUCCCCGCCAUGGCGGCGCCCUUCGCCGCGCUGCUCUCCCACCCGGGCCAGACGCCGUUCGUGACCAAGGUCAACGACGCGCUGACCGAGACGGCCGUGUUCUGGGACGGCAAGGUGGUGCUGGUGGGCGACGCGCUGGCCGCGUCCCGGCCGCACUUUGCCGUUGCCACCGAGCAGGCCGCCCAGCAUUGCCUGGGCUUGGCAAAGGUGUGGGGUGGUGAGCAAACGCUGCAGCAGUGGGCGAGGGACGUGACGGGUUACGGGAAGAGGAUCUGGCUGCUCAGUCGCGUGUUGGGGGCUUUUGGGCUACGCGGGUGGAGAGAGUUCGUGAAGGUGCUGUGUGUGUAUGUGGCGUUCUUGGUGAGGUUGAGGCUGGGUAGGGGGCCGAGGGGUUGGUAAAUUGAUGAGCUUGGUUUUGAUUUGGUUCGGUCAUGGACAUACGGUACGUCAACGCUGGAUAUGAAGUCCCGGCCUCUAAAAUGUGUUAAUUGAGUUUCCGAGCAAGAGAAUCUGCCUUACGCGUCCGGAUGGGUACCCAAGUGGUACCCUCUAAGCUAAGUGGUAAUAAUGUUGGUGUCCAGUGUAGCUUCUCUCAGGUCCUAGUCGGUCUCCUCUCCUCUUUCCGAUGCCAAUGUAACGAACGGGCUGUUUAUUAGAAUGAUACAGACGUGCUCCCCGCCUCCCCUGCCUUCACUCCUUUCCGUCAAAGCUCACGAGGUCGAGCCGGUCGAUCCAGUCGCUGACGGGGAUCC